AUCUACGAAACUUUUUGUCACUUUCUGUAUGGGCAAAGUUCACUUUCCUUCUUCGGUUGUAUUGACUUGGUGACAAUGUCUGGCCUUCGAGUUCUUGUAGGAUGUAAACGUGUCAUUGACUAUGCUGUGAAGAUCCGUGUGAAGCCAGACAAAACAGGAGUUCUGACUGAUGGCGUCAAGCACAGUCUGAAUCCGUUUGAUGAAAUUGCUAUUGAGGAGGCUAUUCGCUUGAAAGAGAAAAAUAUUGCCUCAGAAAUAAUUGCAGUGUCAUGUGGACCCCCCCAAUGCCAGGAAGUUUUAAGAACUGCCAUGGCUAUGGGGGCAGACAAGGCUAUUCAUGUGGAGGUUGACCCUGCUACCUACAAUGGAAUGCAGCCCAUGCACGUAGCAAAGAUUUUAGCUAAGAUUGCUCAAGAGAAUAAAAUUGACCUAGUGUUGGUGGGGAAACAGGCUAUUGAUGAUGAUGCUAAUCAGACUGGACAGUACAUGGCUUCUUUGUUAGACUGGCCACAGGCAACAUGUGCGUCAAAGAUCGAAAAAACAGAUGGAGAGUUGAAAGUUGUCAAAGAGAUCGAUGGGGGACUGGAAACCGUCCGAGUUAAACUGCCGGCUGUUGUAUCUGUUGAUCUAAGGUUGAAUGAACCUCGAUAUGCAACAUUGCCAAAUAUCAUGAAAGCCAAGAAAAAGCCACUAGAGAAGAAGAAACCAGAGGACUAUGGAGUUGACAUGAAAGCAACUCAUCAGGUAUUGAGUGUAGAAGAGCCGGCAGUGCGACAAGCUGGGGUGAAGGUGGAGACAGUAGAAGAGCUGGUGAAGAAACUGAAAGAACAAGGAUUGAUUCCAUCCUGAAAAGCAGCUGCAAACUUUAGACACUGUGGUAAAUGAGUUAUGGUUCUUUGUACCACUUUGAUGAGGUACAGUUUUGAUGCCUUACGCUGUAUUUGAAAUGAGGCUCAUUACAAGUACCCGUUAGGGUGCUCAUUCUGCAGAUUUCAUGUUAAGUUUUAGAUGCAUAUUGAUCUGGAAAUUAUUCUCAGUGUUAGUCUGGUUCAACCAGUUUACAACUUUGGAAUGCUGAUCAACCAUUAACAGGUGUUUUGUUCAUCAGUGAUUUAGGGCAUGGUUCUUAAAUUUAAAUCCUUUGAUAAAAUCCAUUUUUGAUCAACAGCUAAUGUAUCGAAAAUAGAUGCUAUCAAAGCAUUAAUCAAGUGACCUGAUCUGUUAGCUAGUCCAAAAGUUUCAAGAAGACAUUAAUGCAACUCCAGAAAUUAAAUGCUAGAUCUUUACUAAGUGUUGUGUUGUUUUGCCAUUUUGUCCGAAAUAUUUUUUUAAUACAAAACCUUCAGUUCAUAUUUUUCUUUUGCCUCAAGAGCUUAGCUCAGAUUGUGAGCAGAUGAUAUCUUUUCUUAGCAUGUUGUUAUUAGAUCAUUUUUCUGCCCUGUACCAUGAUUAUGAUUGAACCUGGUUUUGAGUGACUUUUCUUUCUAGUGAAGAAAUGAAACUGCCUUGAUGUUGAUCACUAAUCUUCCUGAACCCGACAGCUGGGAAUGAUUGCUAGAAAAAGACAUAUAAUUAGUCUGCAGUUAAGAGAGAGACUGUAUUUGUGUGAGGCAGAGGUAUCACUGGCUUUUUGCCAUUAGGAAUUCUUUUUUGUACAGUGUGGAUCAGUCCUGGAGAAAAGUCAUACAACCAUAUUUUAACAAUUUGAACAGCUCAAAACAUUUUUUAUGGCAGGGAUUUGUCCUCUUUAAUUUUUUUUUCUGUUCAAUAUUUUUAUACUAAAUUUCUUUGUUAUUGCAUUCAUUCCAAGAAAUCAACAUCAGUUUUCCAUUCAGGAAUUGAAAUUAAAUUGUUCAGUAAAAUGAAUGUUCUUUUUGUCUGUUUAUCACUUCAGCAUCUAAAUUACUUUGUUUUCUUAGAGUGAAAGUAAAAGCACUGCUGUUCUUUUCUCCCUGGAUGUCUUUCAAUGGACAACUUUUUACUGUGUGAAAGGUUCAGUCAUGUGGAAUUAUACAGUAUUUUCAGGUAAGAAUGAGAGCAAUGCCAUUAAACGAGUGAAUCCUUAAGUAUUGAUGGUACUUUAGAGGAAAAUUGUUAUGCACUUUUUAGUUCUCUUUUGAAUUGAUUUAGUUUUGCUAGAAUAUAUGUCUGAGAUGUAACAUACAACAGUGAAGAUUGUGUGCAAAGUUACCUCAUUCAAGUUCUUUUCGUCCAUGUCCAAAGCAAAGGGACCUACUGUUGAAAAUUGGCAACAGCUGACAUAACUUUCCUGUGUUUCUUUAAGCUUUUGCUAAAAGUUGGAUUGGUAUCUGAAAAAUGCCUUCUGCUACAUAUAUGCAUAUUGCAUCUGUUUGUAGGGCUGGCUGCUUUGCUGUGAUAUCGCUUUAGUUGUUGGCUCAGCGUAAAGCACCAAUCCUCCCACCCUCUACUACAUAGAUAAUUAUUUAUACAUUUAAAAAUUAAGAUACAUCAUAGUAUCUGUUCAUAGAAGGUAAAUUGAUAUUUUUUCCAGUUGAUGGAGCUCAACUCUUUAGUAUUGAGCAUUAUAGAAGUAUAUAUUUUGAUGCAGUGCAUCAUAAACAUACAGAUACAGAAAAUUCUCAUAAAAAACAUGUUCACAUGAUUUUGAUUGCAGCUGAAGCUACUUGUAUGUGGCCAUUUUAUCCAGACCUUUGGAUAUUUAAAAGACCAAGGAAUUUAUUAACGGAAGUUUAUGUUCAAAUAGGAAUUAACUCAAGAAUGAAGGAUGCCACAAAGAAAUAUUUCAAUUGUCCACAAGAAAAAAUAUUGAUUUGUUUUCUACAAUUGCUUUCAAAACAGAUUACAUGUUUUGUACAAUUACAGUAAAAAUUUGACAGUUUUUUUUUUUUUUUUACCUUGCUUUUAUUCAACAGUGGGCUCUUUGUGACCAGCACAAAACAAAUAUUAUGGAACCAUGAUAGGCAACCAUCUGUUAAUAAAGCACUGAUUAAAUGCAACAUUUAUUCAACAUUUGUAAUGUUUGACACGGACCUUUGUGUGUGUGGAUAAAUGGGGGAAAGGUUGUCAGAGGAGAACGGACAUAAUCGCUUCUGUUACUUCCCUUGUGGGAAAAAGAAGACUAAGCCAGGAAAUCCUUCACACAUUUCAGGGUUUUGCAAUCACAUUGAAAAAUUUCCAUGAAUUAAAAAUAAACGAUUAUAUUAAAAAAA